AUGGUCGGUCUGAGUCCAGUACCCCAGACAUCUCGAAUAUGGAACAUCAAGACUGGCAAAGAGGUUUUGAUUAUGGAUGCAUGCAAUCCUGCGCAAUUUGUUUAUUUGUUUCCAUCUUCUGACUCCCAGAGAGUUGCAGUCGUUCCUCAGGGGAAUGAAGCUUUCUGUAUCUGGCAUAUGAAGGAGGGAGAGUUUAUACUUCCACAAGCUUUAUCAACUCCGGGGUACGAGGCUCUCAAGCUAGUGUUCACGCCGGACCUGAACAAGCUGGUGGCCUCUUUACUCGAUGUUCAUGGGACAGAAACAUGUGUCUGGGCCUGGGAUCUGACGACUGAGAAACGUCUUUGGACAAAGUCACUCCCUGGUUUCGGGAGGCCUGUUGACAAGUCACCACUUGCUAUUUCAUCUGAUGGCUUCUGUACAGCAGCCAUUUUAGGAGAGAAUCUUCAGAUCUGGCAAACAGAAACGGGUAACAUACUGCGGGAUAUCUCUAUCUCCAGACUUGCUGGAAGUAUAUGUUUGGAACUGACGCUGACCCGACAUUGUGUAAGCCUUUUGUUCUCUGGAGAAGUCCAGAUUUGGGAAUGGCAAAGCAAAAGGCGUACUCAGAAGAUCUCGGGAAUAGGAGCUGGAUCACGGAAUCUUCACAUUCUUGGCAUUGAUGAAGCUAUCCAAACAAAUAUGGGAGAAGCUCCGCUCCCCGCAGAAUGGAGCUUGGGUCCUUUUGCUAUCGAAACCCCAUUUUAUCCAGAGUUAUUUUUUGAUGUCAAGACAUGCUGGAUUCAGUACUGGGGGAAAGAUCUUGUUAGGUUACCUGCCGAGUGUCGGGAUAGUAUCCACGAGGUACAUGGGUUCACGUUGGCUGUAGGAUGCCAGACAGGCAGGGUCCUGAUCAUUGGAUUUGACAAGGGAGAAGUUGAGAGGUCUAUUAGGACACCAAAGCAAGAACCACCUCCGAAAAGGACUACAUGCUAUGGGACUUAUCGGUCUUUCGGGUCAUCCCCAACUAGCCCUGCCGGAUCUUGGAGUGAUGGAUGGAGUUCUUGA